UACACCAACGAAGAAGAUUCUUCCUCACGUCACCUUCACUUGCUGCAUUUAUCCGUAACGAUGGCCGCCGCCUUGAGAGGGAGUUUGUUAACAUUGGUCAAGGGUCUGGCUGGCCCCAGGUGGCAGCAGAUGCCCCUGAGACCUCUCAGUGUAUCCGCAGGUCUUUGUGCCCCAGAAACAUCCCCCGCUCGGGCUGAUGCCACCUUCAAGGUCACCAUGGUGCCAGGUGACGGUGUGGGACCUGAGCUGAUGACCGCCGUCAAAGAUGUGUUCAAGGCAGGAGAUGUUCCAGUGGAAUUUGAGGAGUUCCAUCUGAGUGAAGUACAGAACAUGGCCAGCGAGGAGAAGCUUGAGCAAGUGCUGACCUCCAUGAAGACCAACAAGGUGGCCAUGAAAGGCAAAAUUCACACACCAAUGGAGUACAAAGGAGAACUUGCUUCCUAUGAGAUGAGACUACGUCGUAAAUUGGACCUAUUCGCCAACGUCGUGCAUGUGAACAGCCUGCCAGGCUACAACACGCGCCACAACAACCUGGACCUGGUUAUCAUCCGUGAGCAGACGGAGGGGGAGUACAGCUCCCUGGAACACGAGAGCGUCCCUGGGGUUAUCGAGUGUCUGAAGAUCAUCACCAGAGUGAAGUCUCGGCGGAUCGCUAAGUUUGCGUUUGACUACGCCACCAAGAAGGGAAGGAGCAAGGUUACGGCUGUGCACAAGGCCAACAUCAUGAAAUUAGCUGAUGGCCUCUUUCUGCAGUGCUGUGCUGAAAUUGCAGAACUGUAUCCUAAAAUCAAAUAUGAGACUAUCAUCAUUGACAACGCUUGCAUGCAGCUUGUGCAGAACCCCUACCAGUUUGAUGUGCUGGUGAUGCCCAACCUGUAUGGUAACAUCAUUGACAACCUGGCAGCAGGCCUGGUAGGAGGGGCUGGUGUGGUACCCGGCGAGAGCUACAGCGCAGAGUAUGCCGUCUUUGAGACCGGUGCCCGUCACCCUUUCGCCCAGGCGGUAGGCAGGAACAUCGCCAACCCCACCGCCAUGCUGCUUAGCGCUGCCAACAUGCUCAAGCACCUGAAUCUGGAAUAUCACUCCCAGAUGGUGUCGGACGCUGUGAAGAAGGUCAUCAAGCAGGGCAAGGUGCGCACAGGCGACCUCGGAGGCUACGCUUCCAGUGACGAGUUCACCCGGGCCGUCAUCGCUAACAUGGCCGUCUGAGUAUUCUGAAUACAGAAGAAGACUUUCCGCCGAAAACACGCACACACGUUUAUUUGUGGACCAUGAAACUUAAGUAGAGGUAUAUCCCAAAACAAUGACUUACUUUAAUAGAGUACAGCUCAAAUAUUAAGCAAUGACUAUGGUGAUGUUGGUAUCUGCAUUCAAGACAUCCAGCUAAAUGAAAUGUAUAGCCUAUGUAACAUGGGUUCUGUUAUGUUAUAGCUCUUUGUAAAUGCAAUAUAAGGCUUUGAUGCUUGGGUCAAAUAUCAAGAAAUAUGCAUAAUGUGUCAUGUAUUAUUUAUUCAUUAAACAUUUUAAACAAGA